AUGACGUCCGAGCCGGGCCAAGGUGAUACGAUGGCGUCGAUUCGUUACACUCUAGAACCGAGUAGUCCUCUUUCCUCUUGCCCUCCUUCGCCUUUGCCCUCUCCUCCUAGGAAGCGGUCUGUCUCGCCGGCUCCAAUAACCUCUCUGCCUGAUACCGAGGCCACCAAAAAGCUAUCUAAUCUCGAGCUAGAUGGGAAGAAUGAUCCACCAGCUAAGAAGCGGGCGAAGCUAACACCUGCCCAGAAGGUGGAGAAGGAAAAGGAAAAAGAGGAGAGGAAGCGAGAUAAAGAAGAGAAGGAAAAAGAGAAAGCUAAAAUUAAAGCAGAGAAAGAUGAACAGAAACGGCUAAAGGAUGAAGAGAAGGCGAAGAAAGACCUAGAAAAAGCGGUCGAAAAGGCCAAGCGCGAUGAAGAGAAGGCCAAGCGCGAUGAAGAGAAGGCUAAAAAGGAAGUUGAAAAGGCAAAGAAGGACGAGGAAAAAGCUAAGAAGGAAGAGGAAAAACUGAAGAAAGAGAGGGCACAACUACGUAUGGAUAGCUUCUUCAGGCGCAAAGCUCCUGCGGUUCCAGUGGCAGCCUCGAUUUCGACAGCUGCACUGCCUACAGCUGCUCCCGCAAAGGCUACUGAUAAUCCCACCUUGCGACUAAGCCCGGGCAAUACCACCGUCGCCGUUGAUGUUGACAUGCUUGACAGCUCUGUUAAUCGUGAUAAAAAAAAUGAUUACACAAAAACAUUUCAGCCAUUCUUCGUUAGACCUGGAGUAAAACUCGCACCUCUGCAAAUGGAUCGUGGGGUUGAGAGCGGCUGCCAGGCAAUGGACAAGGUUCUUUUUAAGUCUAUCACUGCUUCUUCCGACGAAAUGGACAUCGACGAUCCCAGCAACCGGAUCAUCGUGGAUUCUACUAUCCCAGAAAAGCCUACGCCGUCCGAAUUCAAGGUCAUAUUUGGCUUCCAACCUUCCAAAUGGAAGAAAGGGGGCAUCUCGACGUUUUCGACGAAACAGAUACUGGCUGGACUUAAUUCAUCACCCAUACCAGAUAUGUUUAGCACGAGGAAGACUGACAAUACAGAUUACGUCACAGAACUUCGGAAACUUUCUCGGAAGACCUUGAAAUACGCUGAGGACGUUCGUCCUGCCUACCGGGGUACAUAUACCAGAGUGCCUAUCACUUCCGGCCUUCGCAAAGGUCGAAACCCGUUUCAAAAGAGCUUGCCUGGCGUUGAGUAUGGCUAUGAUUCAGAGGCGGAAUGGGUCCAUGAACCUGACGACGACGGUGAAGAUAUUAUGAGUGAAGAAGACGAAGAUCCCAUGGAAACCGGUAGCGCCGAUGAAAUGGAGGAUUUUCUUGAUGAUGAAGAGGAAAUCGUAAAAAAGAAGACAAACCUUGCUGGACCUUUAAUUCCUGCUGCGUCAGGGCUAAUGUGGGAAGAUGAAUGCCCCCGAUCCGAUGAAUUGGUGCACUAUAGGAUCGGAGUCUUGGUUGAGGGUGGAACGACACCUAUUGACCCCUUUUCCGUGAAAUACUGGACCCCGGAGAAACGAAAGUUGACACCUCAAUCCAAAGUGGCACAAGCAGUGCCUGAGAAAGAAAAAGGCAAGGCACCAGUGAGCACCUGGUGGACUGCGGCUUCGCAACAAUCGCAUCAUGCUACAUCCUCGACUCUUGGUCCAGCGCUGCAACCUGCAAUGUCGGUAUCACAGAAUCCAAGCGGGCAAGCAGUCUCGACGUUGGGUGGGCCGGUUGCUCCUCGAUAUGGACAGAAUAUUCCACCUCCGCCUCGAAACCCGUCCGUAGUCUCCAGGAAUGGUCUUGGGCAUUGUUGGAACGGAAACCAAUUUGAUAGAUCUUCCUUUGCAACACGCUUUUCGGAUGGAACACCGUAUAUCCAAGGUAUACAAGACCUAACGGCGAGAGCUGCAUUGUCUAAGCAUCAGGAAGAUGCAGGUCCCGUUACCCUUCUUUCCCUGGCAGACCCGGAGUAUGCGCGGAAAAUGGGAAUUCCCCCUCCCGAGCAUCAGAUAUUUUUUUCCAUCUACCACAAUCUCGAUUAUUGUGGGUUUUCCGACUAUGCUUUACUGGAAGAGUGUCGUAAUUUCAUAGUAGGAAACGAUGCAACCAGAGUAGGAAUGCUCGAGGCGCUUAAAAAGAUGUAA